AUGGCGGGUAUGUCCUGGACACACGAGUUGAAAAAGGCGAUGGAGAUGAAAAUAAGGGCGCUUGACAUGCAGCUGGAAAAGACAAGGAGGGAGUUGGCAGCAGCCAAGGGGGAAUUGGCAGCAGUGAAACAGGAGUUAACUGAACACAAGGGCACUGUGACGAAACAAUUGGAUAUGGUGGAAAGAAGAAGAGAAACGGAUUUGAGAGAGCUGAGGGCGGAGCUGGCAAGGGAGAGGAGGAGGGAGGUGCAGCAGUUGAAUUGGCCACGUGCCAUGGAGGAACUGGCAGCCUGCAAGGAAUGGCAGAGGAUGCACGAUUUGAAGUCAAAUAUUCGGCUGGAAAUCGGGCAGAGUGAAGGCAAUCAGAAGAAAGCAUUGAAGGCAAUCAAGGCAGCAUUACAAGAGACUCAUCUGAACCUGAGUAAUCUCCACGGCGUCUCAGACAGCAUCCUCCGCCUGGUGUCCACCAUAACCCAUCUCAAGAGCAUUGACUUGUGCUCUACCUCUGGCUUCACUGCAGAAGGCAUCAGGCACCUCUACAGGCUGCCACAGCUGGAGGAGCUAGAGCUCAGGUGCACCGACGUCACGGACAGUGCCUUAGAAGGCGUUGGAUCCUUGGUGAAUCUUGAAAUCUUGUAUCUCAAGCUUACCAAGGUGACGGAUGCUGGGCUUUCGCACUUGAGGGGUCUUCACUCUCUCAAGGCGCUGGGGCUUGGUGAUUGCAAGGGGGUGACGAAUGCGGGCAUGGUGCAUGUGGGGAGGUUGACAGGGCUCGAGCAACUCUGGCUGAAUGGAACGGCAGUCAGGAACGAUGGGUUGGAGCAACUGACUGCCCUGACCAAGUUGACAUAUCUCUGUUUGCCUAAUGGGGGUUAUGUUCGCGGUGAUGUACACAGACAGAUAGCCGGGUAG